CUGUUUAAUAACUAUUUAUUAAACACCAGAAAUAUAUGAUAUAACGGUAAAUGAUACAAUUAAAUAUCAAAAACUUGUCAUCACUAUAGUUGAAGUAAAUUAAGUAAAUCAAGUAAUUUAACAACAAUUAAAUCAGAUAAUAUUAAUUUAACAUAUAUAAAAACAAUUCAGAAAAGUCAGAUCAAAUUUUUGAAAUAGCUGUGUGGACAAUCAUAAACAAACUGAUUUCUUUUUUUUAUUGUAGUCAAUUUACAAAUUGCUCUAUGGUCACUUUUUCGAACAGGCCAAUGAAAGAGCUUCCUAAGCCACCCUCUACCUCUUCCUAACUUCUCUAGCGAAAUAAGGACUAUCUAAUCUACCUCUACCUCUCCUAAAUACAAAACGAGGGAUUGGCAAUUCCUAGGACUGAAUAAUUGUGAAAAUUAAAUUUAAUUAAUAUUAAUCGUUGAAAUGAAUAAUUCAAAGGAAUACUUGAAAAUAAACCCAAAAUCGAAUGGGUAACUUCGUAUUUUAGGCUACUAUCUUACUAUAAACCAUACUUCGUACGGUGACUUAUCUGUAAACUCAUAACCCACGCCUUCGAAGGGGAAGAGUGCUGGUUGAUACCAAGAUCUCAUAAAAGGAGCAAUUGGGCCCAAUAACUUGCCCUUUGAGUGUCUAAAACUUUAUCUUAUCUUGCUCUCGGGUUCCAUUAAGAAUAACUAUGAUCAAUAUUUGAUAUGAUAUUUUGCUUAUUUCCCCUAAAAUUAUGUUUCUAGAUAGUAUAAAUAAACAAAACAGGCAACUUUAGAUCUGCAAGAAAUAGAAUUACCCUUUGUUACAAACCGGUCGUACUAGAGCUUAUUGAAUUAUAAUACAUCAUAGUGCUUUAUAUCGGUAAAUCCAUAUCAUUUUCUGUGAAAGUUUGGUAAAGUUGGUAUAUUAGUUUCGAACACUGUUAAUAGCUAUUUUAAAUCAAUUUGACAUAAAUGAAAAAGGCAUCAAUGAAAUGUUCCUGUCCAAAUAUUAACCUUUCCAGGGUAUUAUGUAUGUUCUCUCAUCCAGUCCAGAUUAUCUGUACACUAGCUGCUACAAUUUUGAUAAUUAGCAUGUCAAUGAAGUGUAAAAUUAUACUCAUCAGAAAAUAAAACAAUGUUCAUGAGAUCUCAUUCUUGUCUAACAUAUCAUGUGUUCAUAGAAAUAAUUUCUUCAAUCAAAAUUGUCUUUCAAUGGCUCCUCUCGGAGAACUAAGAGUUGGGAGCAUUGUGUACCGAUGCAGUUUAUUUCCUUUUAAUUCACAUUUGAAUAAAUAGCUAAUAUCCCAUGUACUGCUAGUUUCUGACUAAAAGAGGAAUUUUUUCAAACUGAAAUAUUAUACAAUGCUUGUAAGAAUUCCAUUAUUUUUGUUUCCUUGGUAAAUAAAAAAAAACAGUUUCUACUAUUGAAAUGUUGCCUAUCCUGAUCCCCAAACAUAUUGUAAAUCAGGUUGGCUACCAUGACAGUAAUAAAAAAGAAGUUGUCAUUCUGUUCUGCACAUGGAGCGGUGUUUUACUUUCUCAAAUAAUUAUUUACACUUAUUUUAAUUAUACUCUGCAAGUCUGAAAGUUUAUUCAAAAGGUUAUGGGCCCAGAGUACAUUCCAUAACAAGUAAAGCUUUUGUUUAGUGUUCCCAAUUUGUGAGUUUGUAUCCGCAAUUAACAUCUACGAAUUUUUCAUCCUGGAAAUUUAGAUUAGGCAAUCUUAUAGAUGCCAGAGGUGUUAAAGAUUUGAUUACCACAGAAGUAACUGCAACGCAACUAGCAGUUUUAUCAAGAGACGAGCAAUCUCAGCAUAAAAAGCAUGAUGCAACAGCGAGAUCUAUUAUUGUCACAUGCAUUACAGAUGAACAUUUAGAAUAUAUUCGUGAUUGUAAGUCAGCUUUCGAAAUGAUAAAAAAUUUAGAAAAAGUUUUUGAAAGAAAAAGUAUUCUUUCUCGUUUAUAUGUGCGAAAAAAGUUAUUAACCUUGAAAUAUAAACAAGGUACAGAGUUACAAAAGAUUUUCGUUGAGUUCGAUUGUUUAAUAUGUGACCUCGAAUCCACUGGAACCACAAUAGAAGAAGAUGAUAAGGUUUGUCACCUGUUGUUAACAAUGACAGAUACGUUCGGCACUGUCAUUACUGUAUUAGAAACGUCAAAUGACAAGUUAACUGUUGAUUUUGUUAAAGCAAAAUUACUUGAUGCAGAACUGAAGUUGAAAAACAAUGAAACAGUAAGCGAAGAAUCCUCGUUUUAUACAAAACAAGAUAAUAAAAAACCCCGUUGCUCAUUUUGUGGACUUGAAGGCCAUUUAGUGUCCAAUUGUUUCAGAAAAAACAAUAAUUAUAGAGUUAACAGCAGUAAAGGUAGAUUUUUUCGUGGAAAUAACUAUUCCCGUGGCAGAAGAACUGGUAAUAAUACACAAAGUAAGCAUAAUAUCCAUGCCAAAGUAGCUGAAGAUGAAGUAAGUUUUAUCACAGCCCUAUCAGCUGAAGAUCUCAAGAAUGAUGACAACCAAAUUUCAUUUAUAAUAGAUUCCGGAGCAUCACAAAAUAUGUGCAGUGGUAAAUAUGAACAAUUUAUAAGUAACAUUGUUGAAAUUGAGACUGUUGGCAUUAAAAUAGCAAAUGGAAGGAUAAUGAAUUCUUGUAAAAAAGGUAUGUUAAAAGUUUAUUAUAAUGAAAUUCCUAUCAACAUUGAUGUACUCAUAUUAAAUAAUCUAGAAUAUAAUCAAUUAUCAGUUAUUAAACUAAACAAUUUGGGUUUCACAGUUGUGUUUAAAGAAAAUACGGCUGAAAUAAGAAAAAAUCACUUCAAACUUAUUUGUUGUAAACACAAAAGUAAUUUAUUUGUUGCAAAUUUUCAUUUAAAUAAAGUGAAAUCACAUUUUAGUGUUGUAUAUUUAAUGACAAGAAAAUGCGAGAGUGAGUCGCAUCUUAUUAAUCACAUUGAAAAAUUAGCAGCAGAAGGAAGGAGAGUAUCUAGAAUAAUAAUGGAUAUGGGAGGAGAGAUGUCUUCUAAAAUGUUUAAAAACUAUUGUGUACAACAUGGUAUAGUGCAAGAAUUUACAGCUAGGUACACACCUCAGCAGAAUAGUAUAGCAGAACAAUUUAAUCGUACUAUUUUAGACAAGGUAAGAGCUAUGUUUGUUGAAACAAAUCUUCCUAAGAGUAUGUGGGGAGAAGCAGUUAGAACAGCUGUUUAUCAGCUCAACCGAACCCCAUCACGAGCAAUUGAACUUCAAGUACCAGCAGAAAUAUACUUGAAUAGGCUUGACUUGUCUAAACUCAAAGUUUUUGGUUCAAAAGUAUGGUACAACCUACCAAAGAAAAGUAAAUUAGAACCAAGGGCAAGUAAAGGUGUAAUGGUCGGCUACAGUGGUGCUGGCUAUAGAAUCUGGAAUCCACUGACUAACCAAAUUAAAAUUUCAAGAGAUGUGGUUUUCGAUGAAUCACAAUAUAAAUAUUCUUCAGAAAUAUUGUCUAAUAAUCAAAAUACUGAGGAAAUUUUACCAAGCCAAGAUGAAUUGGAAAUAUUGGAAGAGACAAUUUAUGAAGAUAGUAGAGUCAAAACAUUAAGAAAUAUCACUGAAAGUAAUUCACAAGAUGAAGAACCAGUAAAUGUACAAACGACCAAAACUAGUUUCUUUAAUAGAGAAAUAAAACCACCUUCGAAGUUCAAAGACUAUGAACUUUAUUAUGCAUAUUGUUUAGUUACAUCAACCCCAGUACUUAUGAAGAAGCAGUGGAGAGUGAUGAAUGGAAGCAGGCAAUCGAAACAGAACUUGAAUGUCUCGAAAAAAUGGACACCUGGACUGAAGCCACAAAGGUACCUAAUAAUCAACAAAUCAUAAAUACAAAAUGGGUAUUUAAAACAAAAAGUGAUGGCACGAAAAAAGCUCGCUUAGUCGCUAAGGGAUAUGAAGAAGAAGUAUUUUUAGAUAUAUAUUCACCUGUAGCAAAAAUGGCAAGUGUUAGAAUUUUAUUGUCACUAGCUCUCAAUAACGACUGGAAGGUAUACCAGUUAGACAUUCCUUCAGCAUUCAUUAACGGAGUGCUACAACAUGAAGUUUAUAUUCAUUGUCCUAAGGGAUACACAGGACAAAGCAAAGUUCUGAAACUGCAAAAGGCUUUGUAUGGACUGAGGGAAUCACCUAAAUGCUGGAACCAACGAUUCGACAAAUGGGCAAUCAAAAUUGGGUUUCUAAGGUCUAAGCAUAUCGACACAAAAUAUCAUUUCAUUUCAUUCGAAAUCUAAUUGAAAACAAUGUAAUUACCUUACAGUACAUAAAUACAAAAUCAAAUUGUGCCGAUAUUUUCACUAAAGCUCCUUCAAAUGAAAUAUUUUUACGUCUCAGAAAUAU